AUGCUGGCUUCAUCUAAUGUGUCACCCAAUGGUGCCCUCGAAGCUCUGCUCCGCAAAGUGGUAGGCACCAGCAUCACCAAUGCUGCUUCUGCUUCUGUGGAAACUGCUCCACAAUCGGCUGACAUUCAAAACAACCGAAGUUCCUCCACUGCGCUCGCAGCAGCUUCGCAGUUCCUCGCAGAGGGUCUCCACCACGCCAAAUCGACGCUCGAUGAACAGACAGACGGACAAGGAGGCCCUCACACUGAAGAGGAAAUCGCACACACGCUCAAUCGCCUUCUUAUCUCGGGCGUCAUUGUGCCGCUCGUCGAAUCCUCAUCAGACUGGGACCAUGCCAACGCGCAAAAUUCAUCUGUAGGCAUAGGCGUCCGGCAAGUCCUCGAUACACUGUCUCGAACUCUCGUGGCUUCGCCAAAGUACCUCGAACAUCUCUUCGAGCCACGCGAUCAUGCCGCUGCCACAGCUCCCGUCUCAGCUUCCAUCGGCGCUGUGACGCUUGACAUGGCUAACACCACCUUUGAUGUAUGGGCAACUCCCCGCUUACUGUGUGCAGCGGCUUCGAUGCUUGCAUCAAGCCGCAAUGCUACAGCGAUGAAAGACUCCCAAAAAGCUCAGCAUGCCUUAGACCUCUCUCAACAAAUCAUCGACCACUUGCAGCAGUUGCUCGCAACAUCGACAGAAGCCGUCGGUCAAAUUGAUAAUGUGCGCUAUGUUCUCGCCGAGUGCCUACGAGUCUCUGUUCACGCGCUCGCUCAAACCGGGAAGACUUCGUUCAGCUCCACGGCAUGUCUUCCCGAAUUUGUAAUCCCUUCCGUACCUCACCAAGCUCCGAUCCGGAGCUCUGCACCCACGCUAUCACCCACAGUCUCUUUCUUUCGGACACCGAUAUCCGAUUUCUCGUACCGCCUCUCAUCGCGCAAGGAUCGGCCUAAGCCUAGCGGUAGCGGCCUUGCCGCUCUCUCCUCUUUACAGAUGGAUGCCGCAUUCUCUUUCCCCCUCAGCGGCGCUGUUGUGGGAUCGACCUCAGUCUCAAUGAAGCCGGAUGAAUCCGUCAUCAAUCGUGCAGAGGCUCUGUUCCUUGUCUCCAUAGAUAUCUGUAUCCGUCUGGCAAAAGCAUAUCCGGUCUACUUUUUGGAUCUCGCAGACCACAGCGUGGUCUUGUUUGUCGAGCAUCUUCAACAUGGGUGGACGUGCGCCAGGCAGAAUAGCCUAUUUCCGGCUUCAUGCAUGACUUUGGCUGCAAACGCUUACAGCAUCAUAGGCAGCCACGCCAAGUUUCUUGGAGAAUGCUAUUCGAGCCACCUCGUGAGGUUCUUGCAGGUAGUCGCUGAGCACAUGUCGUCUCUCGUAGAUGUGUUCGACCAUCUCGACGCCCAAGAUAAAGCGCACUCUAAUCUUGUGCAUGUUUUCGAUUCAAUUGGUGAUUGCUUCAGCGCUUGUGCGCUCGAGACACCGGAUCCACAGCUGGCGAUUGUGCUCCAGCCCUAUCUCUUUUUGAUCACAACUCAAAUCCGGCUGGCCGCUCGUUCUCUCGCUGAUUCAUCGGAUCCCAUGCAACGGUCUGCCCACAUAUGCUACGUAUCGGCCCUUCUGUUUUCGGUCGUUUCGAAUGGGCAUUGUCCCGAGGCGACACUCGCACAAGAGCUCGGCGAACAGCUCACCACUUUGCUCAGAUUUGCUGUGGACGAACAACAGGCUCACGACGCACGCAAGGGUAAAGGUCACGCUGAAAAACUGCAGCGUCUUUAUUGUCUCUGGCGAGACCAAGUACAUGCUGGCGCUCCGACGGAGCAGCACGGACGCAAGAAUUCGACUCGCGAUCGUCUCGAUCGCUUCAAGCGUCGCAAGCUCGGUAAUUCAGCGACGCCAACGAAAGCCAACGCGGUUUUAGACGCCUUACUCCAGGCUAGACUCUCAUCACCAGAGUUUGAAGGUGCCGACAUCUAUCUACGCGAGCUUUCAAGACGACGUCUGAUUUCGCAGUCAUUUGCUCGAUCCGCUCAAAGGGAAGAUUCUACUGAUUCAGACGGUGUGCAAAGCUCAUAUAUUGACGACUCUCCCGCAGCAGCAGCCCAAGCAGAGCAAGAAGGUUUGAACACCAAGCUUGACUCGACCGCCGUCGCUGGCCUGUGGAAAGAUGCUCACAGCUCCGUCAAAGCCUCCCUUCCCGUCUCGGCCGGAACCCUCAACAUGCUGUGCCGCUGCGUUGAGCACUCUGCUGUCACAGAAUCGCUUCCUGACAAUGGAGACAGGUAUGUCGUGAGCAUUAUCUCGCAUUCGUUGCGGUCAAAAGCUCGUAGUUCGCGGCUCGCUGCCAACGAGCUAGCCCUGUUAUAUCAGAUGAGGCUACUGCAGCAGCGAGAUACAAGCAACGAGGAAGAGUGGAUGGCCCACUUUCUCCAGGUGCCGAAGAGCUACGAAAACAUUCUCGCCGACUCCAAUUUGGCUUUUGGCCACGAGACCGCGCUGAUAGGCCUCGCUCGUCUCUUCGAGUUGCCGGUCGAAGGCUGUCAAGAGGCCUGCUUGCUCACGCUUAUCUUGCAUCUUGGCCAUCCCAAUCCGUUCAUCAAGGCAUGCGCGUACACACAAGUUGUGCAGAUCGCUGCUGCACAGCGGUGCACGACAUAUCAACUGGUCCAAAAGCACUUUGAAAAGGUAUCGACGUCCAUUGUGGAGCGCUUUAUAUCGAUGCCAGACCUGUGGACGAGUUUCUUGAGCCUGAUCAAGAUGAACCAGGCCACUUUCUUCAACCUGACCAAGGAAUACACGCUGCCUCACCUCAUCACCAUGAUAUGCGCUGGUGACGGAACGGCUGAGGUGGGCACAAAGAUGAUCGAGCUUAUCGCACGCGCUCUGGGCACCGAUGUCCCUCGACUCUGUCACGACAACAUUACUCCCAUCUUCCGUUCCUUCUUCAUGCGAUCUGCCACGCUACGAGAUCUGGGUCUCAACACACUUGUCCAGCUCAUCGGUGUGGAUGCAGCCAGCCUGAAAGCACUUCUUCGCAGUCGCCAAUCCGAUAUUGUUGGUUAUCUCGUCGUAAAGCUCGGCAAUCGAGCCACACGAAAGGAGGCCUAUGCAGGCCUCGAGUUCAUCAUCGAGACUAUUAGUGGUACAGCUGCUGCCAGUAGGUCCAAGGAUUCGCUGAUGCACAAGUCAAAAGUGGCGACUUUCCUGAAAGGCGAGAUCCUCGCCAUCCUCACGUGGAUCAAUCAGGAGCUUUCGGGAGAGCAUGGUCGGAGGACUGCCACUGAUCUGGCCUUCGCUUUACGCAGCAUUGGCGCCCUCGUUGAGAUUAUCGGACCGCCCAUCAGUGCAGUCACGCCACAGAUCAUGGCCACGCUCAACAGUCAUCUUGAGCCAGAUGCGCUCAGCCUGGCCACGCUCGAAAGUUGGAAGAUCUUUAUCAGGACGCUGCGAUUCGAUGAUGUCGGUCCUUUUGUCGGUCAAACCGCUGCAGCCUUGCUGUCAGCUUGGGAUCGUUUCAAUCCAGAAAAGAAAAAGAUCGCCAUUUCAAUCCUGCACUAUCUCAUACUAGAGAACGUUUCUUACCUCAAAAACUUUAUUGACGACAUUCCGAGCUUGGACCGGCUCGAUGCCGAGAUUCCAGACAUUUGCCGCGGUCUCCGUAGUGAAAGAGAGACGUGGAAUACUGACCGACGCUUCCGAAACAUUCUGGAUCGUUCGGCUCACGAGAACACUUCGAUCUGCAUCGAAUCGCUCAGAGAAUUACAGGCCUUCCUUGGCGAAGAGCGAGCUUAUAUCGAGUCUCUAACAUCCGGUGACUCGUUCAGUCCUCUCAUCGGGCAAUGCAUUCGCACGCUGAUGCACGUCGCAACUCGCAGCGACGCACAGCACACCGACAUUCGCGAUAUUGGGUUUCGCUGCUUUGGGUUGAUCGGCGCUGUCGACCCAGAUCGAAUUGAGCAUGCCGUGGAAGAGCCUCUCAAGAUCGUUCUGAGCAACUUCGAGGACUCGGAGGAGGCCAUCGACUUUUCGAUCCAUCUCAUCCGCGAUCUGCUUGUGCCUGCUUUUCGAGCAGCGACAGAUACCACACAGCAAAAUGGACUUGCGUAUGCCAUUCAAGAGCUUCUAAAGGUGGCCGGCUUCAAUAGCUCCAUCCUAGCCACAGGAUCCAACGCAAGGACCGUGGGAAUCAAGACGAAACAACGUCUUGCAGACUUGCCACCAGACGUCGUCGACACGAUUACGCCGUUGCUCGACUCGAGGUAUGGCGCGCAGGUGGGAAAGCCUAGCAUGCGCGAGACGCCCAUCUAUACGCACUCGCGCUCGUACAGCGAUUGGCUGCAAAGCUGGACGAGUCGACUGAUUACCAAGACGGUGGAAAGAUCCGACGCCUCGGUUGCGGUGUUUGCCGUUGCUGGAGCGACCAAAAGUGCUGCAGGCAUUGCGUCAACCAUUUUUGGCGUUUUUCGCGUCGCUAUCCGCUCGCAUGACGUGGGCAUUGCGCGUCAUCUGCUACCGCAUCUCGUACUGCACUCAAUCAUCUCUGGUGACGACGCAGAACGAGAAGCGAUUGUCGACGAGAUUCAAACGGUUCUUAGGGACCAGGUCGAGAGUCACACCAACUAUGAGGCCGAAAGGAAGCUUUUGACGGCUCAGACGCUGUUUACGAUCAUGGAUCAUGUUGGAGUGUGGAUGAGACGCAAACGACAGGACCUCGCCAAGACCUCACGCCGUCCCAGAGUGGCUCAGGGCGGAGAAGAAGUUUUGGUGAUCGUCGAGUCGAUUAUGCAUCGCAUCUCUCAAGAGCUGAUGGCACAAGCGUCACUGCAGUGCAAAGCAUACUCACGAGCGCUGCUCAAUUUUGAGCUGCGUGUGCGCGCUAUUAGAUCAGAAGGCAAGGACGACCACCACUUGCAAGGCUACUACGAGAACAUGCACAGGAUCUACGCCCAGCUGGACGAACCGGAUGGCAUGGAGGGCAUCUCAACGAGGGUAAUUUCUCCUUCGCUCGAGCAUCAGAUCCGUGAGCACGAGAGUACUGGACGAUGGACCUCGGCUCAGAGCUGUUGGGAAGUUGAAAUUCAGCAGCGACCCGACGACCCUGAACUGCAUCUCGGCUUGCUGCGUUGCCUGCGCAAUUUGGGUCACUACGAUACCAUGCGUACGCAUAUCCGUGGUGUUCUGAGUGCGCAUCCCGAAUGGGAGGACCUGCUCGAUUCAUUCCGAGUCGAAGGUGCAUGUAUCCUCGGCGACUGGGACGAGGUCGAGGCACGUACCAAAGGCAGCGAGGCUAAGAGCCCAGAGCAUUCGGUUGGUCGAGCGCUACUCGCUAUGCGACAGAACGAUGCCGAGGUGUUUGGCAAGGUGCUGGUGCAAGCGCGUCAAGAUCUUGGUAAGCCGCUCGUGGCUGCCGGCAAGGCGUCGUAUGGGGGAGUGUACGGCUCGGUAUUGCAUCUGCAUAUGCUUCAAGAGCUAGAAAUGAUUCGAUCACAUGCGAGAGUUCACGAAGACGACCGGGCUAGAGAGCUUAUGGGAGUUGUUGCGCCCGAUGCUGGCUCAGAUCUGAACCGAUCGCUGACAGCACGACUGAAUGCGACACUGCCCUCGUUCCGGACACAGGAGCCGUUGCUGAGCCUCAGAAGGACCGCGUUUGCAGCGCUGCUCUCUCGGCUAGGGUCAGGGAACGAAGUGGGCGAGGCGUGGAUUGCUACGGCCAAGAUCGCUCGUCGUGCAGGCCACAUACAGGCAGCCUACUCUGCUACUUUGCAGGCGGGGCAGAAUCAGGCUACGUUUGCGUUCGUUCAGAGGGUCAAGCUGCUCGCAAAGGAAGACAAGACGCACGAAGCGAUUCGCGACUUGGCCAAUUCUCUCAACACCCUGACAAGCACGUUCAAGCCCGGUCAGCUAGGCCGCGAUUCCGUCACGAGGCUCAUCGAGCUGGAGAAGACUGACUCGACUGGUAGAGCUUUGCGAAUCGAGCGCGCCACGUUUGCCAAAGCACGUCUGUUGCUCGCGCGGCUUCAAGACUCGACGUUGCGAUACACGGUCAACGAGAUUUUGGACCGAUACAAAGAGGCGACCAAGGAGCAGCCCAAAUCGGAAAAGAUGUGGUACCAUCUCGGACAUUUUCAGGACACACACGAAGGUCUGCUGCCCAACAUGACGAUGCAACGCUACAACGUGUGUCGCGCAUUUCUGCGCUCAGCUCACGUGGGCACCAAGUUCUUCUAUCGAACGCUGCCCAGAGUUUUGACUAUUUGGAUGGACCUGGCUGCGGACGAACAGAUCCUCGCUCACGGCAAAAAAAGCAGCAGCAGCGAUGCAGAGCUUGGUCAAAAGGUGGCUGCUUUUACAGAGUUGAAUGAUCAGAUGACAAAGUACACUCGACGACUCAAACCAUUCCAAUGGCUAGCUGUGUUCCCGCAGCUGGUUGCGCGCAUCGUACAGAAGAACGAGGAUGCAUGGCUUGUGCUGCAGGAGAUCAUCUUGCAGGUGUUGCUGGCGUACCCGCAACAGGCCAUGUGGUUAAUGGUGGCUGGUGCUAGCUCGAAGGAUGCCGAAAGAAAGAAACGGUAUGGCGAGAUCGUCCAUCGAAUCAGCUUCAAGGGUGGCUCGAGCCACAGAGAGGUGAGCAAGGUGGUAUCGUCGUCGCAACGACUUGCCAAAGAGCUUUUGCGUAUGUGCGACUAUCAUGUCAGCAAGAACGAAACGGUGCUCAGCAUCGAAAAGCUGUUUCCGGGGCUGUUGGAGGUAGCCAAUACGUCGGAGCUGCUGUUGCCGCUGCAGAGCUCGAUGACGGUGUUGCUUCCUUCGAACCACUUGAUCUCGGCGGAUCACCGGCCGUUUGCAAGUAACUUGCCGACGAUCAUGAGUUUUGAGGACACGAUCGAGGUGAUGAACAGUUUGCAAAAGCCGCUCAAGAUGAUGAUCGUUGGCAACGACGGCAAUCGGUAUCCGUUCCUGUGCAAGCCUAGGGACGAUCUGCGCAAAGAUGCACGGCUGAUGGAGUUUGACUCGAUGAUCAACAAGCUGCUGCAGAGCCAGCCCGAAUCGCGUAAGAGGAAGCUGUACGUGCGAACGUAUGCUGUGCUGAUCCUCAACGAGGAGCACGGGCUUAUCGAGUGGGUACCGCACACGGUGGGGUUCCGGCACAUUCUGACCAAGCUGUACAAUGCCAAAGGAGUGCAGAUCUACACAUCGGAGGUCAAGACGAACAUGGACGAUGCGCGGAUGGCGCGGGAUUCGAGGACGAGCGAGAUCAUCUUUGAGACGCGGGUGCUGGCCAAAUUUGCGCCCGUGUUUCAUGAAUGGUUUCUGGCAACGUUCCCGGAUCCGACGGCGUGGCUGCAGGCGCGAUCAGCGUAUGCACGGACGGCCGCCGUCAUGUCGAUGGUGGGCUUUGUGCUGGGUCUAGGCGAUCGACACGGAGAGAAUAUUCUAUUCGAUUCCAACAGCGGCGACACGGUGCACGUCGACUUGAACUGUCUGUUUGACAAGGGACAGCGAUUCGAGAUCCCGGAACGAGUGCCAUUCCGACUGACGCAGAACAUGGUGGAUGCGAUGGGCGUGACGGGCUGCGACGGUGUCUUCCGCAAGAGCGCCGAGAUUACGAUGGGAAUUCUGCGUGACAAUCGCGACUCGCUGAUGAGCGUGCUGGAAGCCAUGGUACACGACCCGCUCGGCGAAUGGAGCGUUCCUGAGGACCGACAUCGAAGCAAGGGCACUGGCCGCAAGAAUGAUGGACGUGGCGAAGAUCCGCGAGUGGUGGAAGCGCGUCGGGCGCUGGACCCAGUGGCCAACAAGCUCGAUGGGCGAUUGUACCGGCUUGGAUCGCGCGAGCCAUCGCCACCAUUUUCGACGAGCAACCUGGUCGACGCACUGAUCAAGGAAGCCACGAGUCAUUCGAACCUGGCAAAGAUGUACAUCGGAUGGAGCAGUUGGCUCUAG